CUGCUAGCAAUGGGACCACCUCUGUUACAUUUGCCCCGUGUUACAAUUGUCCCUGGUCCGGUCCUCAGUCUCGCCUAUUUGUGACAUGCGACAUAUGAAAAGUCGCUUUUCGGUGAAAUACAAGUACCCCUUGUUUCCUCGAACGGCGAUUUGUUGAUUUUUGAUACGGAUGUUCAUGACAAUGGCGGUUUCCACGUUCUGCGCCGACCUUGAUAACAAUUCUCGUCGUAAUGAGAUCGCAAAAAUUGCCUGCAAAAAUAUUACCAUCGACAGGAUUUGAAUAUCGAUGUCAAAGAGAGAAAGAGUGAGAGGGUAGAAAGAGAGAUCUUCGCUUACUAUACAAAAACAAGAAACGAACGCCCACGCCCCAUGACACACACACACACACACACACAGAGUGGACCCAGCAGUAGUAAUCCACCAUUCAGAGUUCAUUUUGCGCGUGAGCAGAUUGGAGGAACGGGAGAUCGAAAUCGAAAACAAUCUCAGCCAGCUUGUCAUCCCAGUAUUAUUAUGGACGAUCGAUUUGAUUAUUCAAAUUAUCGCUUGUCCUCUCCAUUGAGUGACGUCGAACCUUAUUAUGACGUCAUCGUAAUCGGGUCCGGUUAUGGGGGGUCGAUCGCGGCCAGCCGCUGCUCCCGCGCUGGAAAGAAGGUGUGUCUGUUCGAAAAGGGAAGAGAAUGGUGGCCCGGCGACUUUGAUGAAGGUGUGGGAGCAGCGAAAGAUAUGCAGAUGACUUAUAACAAUUCGGAUGGAGAGUGUGUUCAAAUAGGAAAACCGACGAAUUUAUAUGAUGUCGUCGUCGGUCCGGAAGUUGCCGUGGUUCAAGGGGUUGGGCUUGGCGGAACAUCGCUCAUCAACGCCAACGUUUGCUUGGAUGCUGAUCCAAGAGUUUUUGAGGACAAAGCUUGGCCGAAGGCCUUACGGGACGACAUUGAAGCUCUAAACUCGAUGGAUCGAAAGCGUUUCAUGGCGAUGAUGAAACCACAAGAAUAUCCCCAGUCGUACCCGUCGAUCCCCAAGCUCGAUGCGAUGAAGGAGAUCGCACACGGCUUCGUGACUGAUAUCGAAGACUUGAAAGUGGAAGAUGUUUUCUAUAAGACGCCACUCUAUGUCAACUUCAAGACGACGAGGAAUAACGUCGCUGGUAUUCCUCAACCAGCCUGCAACAACUGCGGUAACUGUGUCGGUGGUUGCAACACAGGAGCCAAAAACACCCUCAACAUGAAUUUCAUCCCUGACGCGCAUGCUCACGGUGCAAAGAUAUUCACUGAGAUCCAAGUGAAUGCCGUGAAGCGACACGAGGAAGAAGGAUACUGGGUAGUGUUUUACAAGAGUCUUCAUCAGACGAAAUUCGAAGAGAAGGAGCGUAUCGUCAAAGCUCAUACAGUCAUCCUGGGAGCAGGAGCGCUUGGAUCCACAAGGAUCCUCCUGAAUUCUGCCUCACGGGGUCUGCCCCUCUCGGGGCAGAUCGGGAAGCGCUUCACAACCAACGGUGAUCACCUGACAAUUUCGUACAACGGAAAACGAGAGAUUCGACCGGUUGGUAUCAAGUUAGAAGAUAUCAAGUCGCCAAGUCAAGGUCCAGGACCUUGCAUCACCAGUAUUCUCGACGUCCGGCGAAGGCCAGAGGCAUCGCUUGACGAUGGGUAUCUUCUGGAAGAUGGCACACCGCCCUCUGCGACAGAGCACAUCUAUAAACUCCUGCUCAAGUUUACCAAGGGAAUAGAUACUACCCCAAACGAGAACGAAGUUGCAGAGUUUAUCCGCGCCAUUACUGGGAAGGCAUUUGAGAACACGCUUACAUUUCUGUCCAUGAGUCACGACUCGGCCAGUGGCCGUAUCGUUCAGGACCAAGAUUCGGGAAACGUCUGGGCUGACUUCCCUGGUGUGGGCGACGAAGGUAACUUUCAGCUCAUCUACGAGGCAGCAAGAAAAGCCACGGCAACGCUAGAAGGCGAGCUGAUGACAAACCCUCUGUGGGAAGGCGUGAUUCCUCAGCUACGGAAUAAGAAGGGCAUCGUCACUGUUCAUCCAUUGGGAGGUUGCAGUAUGGGCGAUUCCGGGAAAAGUGGUGUUGUCGAUCACGCCGGAGCGGUCUUCAAAGGAGAGGGUUUAGACGUCUAUCCAAAUCUUUUGGUAGUUGAUGGUGCAGUCAUGCCCAGAAGUGUUGGUGUCAACCCUACUCUGACCAUUGGGACUAUUGCGGAGAGGUGCGUCCGGCUCUUGGCUGACAGGAAUGGAUGGACAAUCAACUACAGCAGCUCCAAGAAAAUAGAUCCGUCUGUUAAACAGGAGAAUAAUCCGGGACUGCGAUUCACGGAACGAAUGGCUGGUCAUUUGACUGUUGAUGGCGAAGAUCAUCCUUGUGAAUUCUUGCUUACAAUCGUAAGCGAUGACGUGAGACACAUGCUAGAUGUUGACUUCGAACACCGGGCUUCGCUUCAUGGUACAUUGCUCUGCAAGGGAUUGUCCGACUAUCCGCUCACCGUCUCUAACGGUAGGUUCCGUCUUUUCAGAGAGAGCGACGUGAGUCCUGGCGUCAGGGAAAUGGUCUACGAGAUGGACCUUCACGACCAUGAUAAGAGCUACCACUUCAGAGGCAUCAAGAUUAUCGAUAAGAAUUGCUUCUUGGAGAUUGGCGUUGGGGAUACCACAACACUCUCCGUCAUUGUUCGCAAACCUGACGCCCAGGGUGAGGAUUUCGGUAAGGGCACGCUGAAAAUAAAGCUCACCGACUUCAUGAAACAGCUUACGACGCUGAAGGUGCUAGAUGCAGAGAAUCUUCUACAAGAGACAAAGUGGAAAAUCAGGUUUGCUCGUUUCUUCAGCGGGAUACUGUUGGAUAUAUAUGGUAUCUUUAACCAAUCCGACUUAGGUGUCACAUUUCGUAACGAAAAUAAACCGAGGGAACAACGCCAACUCAAUCUCGGUGGGCAAACCCCGGAAGUACAUCGGAUCCAAGCAACCGAUGGUGUUCAGCUUCCCCUCGUACGAUACCAGGGAGGAUCUAAAGGUCCCAUCUUACUUCUACACGGGCUAGGGGUGUCAAGUCGGAUUUUUACACUAGAUACCGUAGAUACCAACAUGGUCGAAUUCCUUUUCAGCAAGGAGUUUGAUGUAUGGGUUGUUGACAUGCGUUAUUCCAUCAUGCUUCCCAUACACAAUCAACCAGGGUACAUUGGUGAUGCUGCGGAAAAGGACCUUCCACCAACUGUAGACUACAUCCUGGAGAAGACAGGGAAACCUAACCUCCAGCUAAUAGGUCAUUGUGCUGGAGGUGUCACAGCACAUGCUGCUCUUCUUGGUGGUCUCCUUCAAGGCAAGAUCCGAUGCUUCGUAUCGUCACAAGCGGGUUUCAGCCUGACGGUUGGUGCUUUGAAUAGGACAAAGUCUAAAGCACAUCUUCCAACCCUCCUCUACGGCAUCGGGAUAAAGGGCAUAAGCGCCUAUCCUGAUAAUCCCAAUUCGUGGAACCAGCGCAUUGUCAACCAUUUCGUCGACAUGGCGGCGACUCUGACCACCGACGUUAGGGAACACUGUGAUAGCGACGUCUGCCAUCGUGUAACCUUCACUUACAGUCUCCUGUGGUCCCAUCGUAAUGUUAACGAGCUCACACACGACACCUUACAAGAAUGGAACGGUUUCGUGCACGCUACCAGACUCAAGCACUUCGCUCUAAGUAUGCGGAAAGGGCGACUCGUAGAUGAAGACGGACAUGACAAGUACGUACCCGACUUCAACUCAAAGCACCGUCUGGAGUCUACGAAGUAUCGGGAGGCUCUGAAGCACCUGGACAUCCCGAUUCUUUACUUCAGCGGUGCCAACAAUGUCUGUUGGGAUCCAGAAACCACUCGUGACAGUUUCGAACGUUGUAAGGAAGCCAACCCAGAUCAGCAUUACGAGCGAUUUGAAGUAGAAAACUACAUGCAUUUGGAUUGCAUCAUGGGGUCUUUGGCUUCUCGCGAUGUUUUCCCGAGGUUAAUGGACUUCCUUGAGAAAUAUGCUCGUCUUGAGUAGACAAGGUAUAGCGACAUGGAUAUGGAAAAUAUCAACCAAGAUUUGCAACGCACAUCACAAAGUUAAUGACAUCGUGGUGCAAGCAUAUUUUAGAAACAUAACAUUUGGGGGGAAAUGGCAGAAAUACCUACAUAAUCAAGUUAUAUAGAACCAACUUGAGUUACUUUCCUAACAUAGUCUAACUGCGUUAGACAAUCCAUCCUAUUUCGGGAAGAAAAUUCUUGGAAACCGGCGACCCUUGUCAUGCUUGUGGUGACGUAUAAUACCCGGCGAAACAAGUACCUAGAAACCUUGGUGCCCUUGUUCAAAUAUAUUAGAUUGGAAGCAAAUCGCACUUGCUUUUUCAAAGUCUAGAAAU